CGCGCGUGAUCCAACUUCUCCAUGGGUUAUUCGUCGACUUCACAGAGCUCGGGCGGCGCCGACGCCAAUCGGAAAUUUAAGAUAAUUUCAGGGUUCAUAAACAACGCGAAGAAACACAAGCACAGCUUCAUUCAAUUGGCGGCCAUGACGGGAAUUUUUCUUCUGAGCUGCAGAUCUUUGGGGCAAAAGUACCGGAUCCAUGAUCUCCAGGAGGAUACUCAUAAGCUUAAGGAGGAGCAAGAGUCACUCUCCGAGCGCAGGAAAAACAUUAAGAGUGCACUACUUCACGAAGCUUCCCUUGACUCUACCGGCCUCUUUGCUUCUCGCCUUCGUCUUCUUUUCGACGAAGAAGAUUAAUCAUAGGAUACAGGUUUCAAAUUUUUCUUACGUAUUAUCACACUACGACUUCAAUCUGAGUAUGGGCUAUGUUUUCAUGUGUUACGAAUCAACGAAGUGAAGUCCAUUGACAUUCAGAAACCCUCUGCCCCCUGAUUCACUGUUCUUUUGCUGUGUGAAGUUGAUUAGAAUUCAUUGACCUCCUUAUUUCCAAUGACCAAAUCAGUUAUAAAUUUCUAUUUUUCCCCCC